GGCUGGUUUUUGACAGGAAGUGUGUGUGAGAACUGAAACAGAAGGAAAACUGGAUUUUUGCGCUUCGAUGAGUCAAAACGUCGAAGUGAAUUAUGACUUUUAAGGCCAACAGCAGGCAAAGAUGCAAUGGAGGUCAAUAGUCGUGGGUCUUCUCGUUCUAAGGGUGGUUUUGAAUUGCGCCGUGUGGCUAAUGUUUGGACUGGGACCUAGCUGGGGCUUUGACUUCCCCAUCAAAUUCGCUUUCAACUUGCAUAAAAUCGAACUUCUCAAGGAUGACGACAGAGCCACAGCCAAACCCAACGCCUGGUCACAGCACAUGUACGAAAACAGAAACCCUCAGGCAAAGACCUGCUCAAAGAUCAGUGGGAAUUCACCAAAGAAAUCCUACCUCAGUUUCUUUCAGGAGGGCAGAGAUGAGUACGAUAGAAAGUACAGCUCCUUCCCUGACGCGCUGAAAGUGAAGAUGAGGGGGAUGGCGAGAGACAUGUUUUAUUUCGGAUAUGAUAACUACAUGAAGUUUGCCUUUCCAGAGGAUGAACUGAACCCUAUAGCUUGUGAAGGUCGAGGACCUGACGUGCUCAACCCGUCAAAUAUCAACAUUAAUGAUGUCCUUGGAAACUAUUCUCUAACCCUCAUCGAUGCUCUUGAUACACUGUUGGUGCUUGGAAAUGUGACAGAGUUCCAUCGAGCUGUCAAGCUGGUUAUUGAUACGGUCUCUUUUGACAAGGACUCCACUGUUCAAGUCUUUGAGGCUAACAUUAGAAUCCUUGGCAGUUUGAUCUCAGCCCAUAUUCUGCUGACUGACCCCCGGCACCCGUUUGGUGAUGUAGGACUGAAGGACUAUGACAAUGAGCUGCUACAUCUGGCACACGACCUGGCUGUGCGACUGCUGCCUGCCUUUGAGAACACUGGCACGGGCAUUCCCUACCCCAGGGUGAAUUUAAAGACCGGCGUUCCUCUUGACAGCAUUAACGAGACCUGUACGGCAGGGGCGGGCUCCCUGCUUGUAGAGUUUGGCAUUCUGAGCCGUCUGAUUGGUGACUCUACAUUUGAGUGGGUUGCACGGCGGGCUGUUAAAGCACUAUGGAACUUGAGAAGUAAUGAAACGGGGCUGCUGGGGAAUGUGGUGAACAUUCAGACUGGUCAGUGGGUUGGAAAGCAGAGUGGUCUUGGUGCUGGCAUGGACUCAUUCUAUGAGUAUCUUCUCAAGUCUUACAUCUUGUUUGGAGAGAAAGAAGACUACAGGAUGUUCUCGGCAGCUUACGAGAGCAUUCAGAGUCACCUGAGAAGGGGAAGAGAGGCGUGCAAUGAAGGGGAAGGUGACCCACCUCUUUAUGUGAAUGUGAACAUGUUUAAUGGACAGAUCAUGAACACAUGGAUUGACUCCCUGCAGGCAUUCUUCCCUGGCCUACAGGUUUUGAAUGGAGAUGUUGAAAAUGCCAUUUGCCUUCAUGCCUUUUACUAUGCAAUCUGGAAGCGCUUCGGUGCUCUUCCUGAGAGAUAUAACUGGCAGCUUCAGGCCCCAGACGUGCUGUUUUACCCUUUAAGACCUGAACUAGUGGAAUCCACAUACCUGCUCUACCAGGCAACCAAGAAUCCUUUUUAUCUUCAUGUAGGAAGGGACAUUCUUGAAAGUCUUGAAAAGAAUACCAAAGUCAGGUGUGGUUAUGCCACUCUUCAUCAUGUGGUGGACAAGUCCAAGGAGGAUCGUAUGGAGAGUUUCUUUCUCAGCGAAACCUGCAAAUACCUUUAUCUGCUCUUUGAUGAAGACAACCCUCUGCACAAGUCUGACAAUAAGUACAUCUUCACUACAGAAGGCCACGUAGUGCCAAUAGAUCAACGCUUCAGGGAGAAGAGUUGGGAAGAGCAAUACCCAUGUGAAGGGUCCAGCAAUGAGCCCCCAGCCAACAUAAGCAACUGUGAAAGGAUUUCUGAAGAGCGACGUUACAGUCUUCCACUAAAGAGCAUGUACAUGAGGCAGAUUGACCACAUGGUGGGGCUGUCCUGACAUCAAUACUGACCCCUGGAGCCCUGGAGGCAUCAUCAUUUAAAAACCCCCUGGAGGGGUUAAGGAAUAAGACUCUCGAGAACAGAACUUUUCAAUCUCUAUUUGCACAGCGAGUGACAGUAUUUGGUCAGCAUGUUAUCUGAACACCGGUACCAGUUGUUCUUGUUUUAUUGACAUGAAAGUGUCCUCGAGUCAGACCAGGUUUUUGGAUUUAGUUGCAUAUUCGGAUCCGUACUGCGAAGGUCCUUGGCAUCAAAUAAUAAAAACAUUCAGGGCAGUUUGGCUCUUCGCAAAAUCCAUUUUGAAACGACUUUUUGAUUCUUGGGGCUGAUUUAUUUUUAUAUUGUGCAAUCUCGUGUGUUUACACACAAAGUUUUUCCCUGCACGUUUUCUUCAGUGCCAUGUUUCAUGACAGCUUGAUCAAGUAUUAUAAAGGGCUCUACUGGGUUGAGAGAUGGGUGUGCAUGUUUCAGAUUUCUUCUCAGUGAACUAGAUCUCAAGUAAGCUUUACACUUGAAAAACAGCUUUAUGUUCACUAUGCACCUUUCUGGAACAAACGUACAAUAUGGACUUAGUUUUAAUACAAAUCAGGCUUCUUUCUGACAAUUCUUUCACUUUGCAAUAUGACUUUGUUUUUCUUUUUUUCUUGUGCCUUGCUUUGCAAGGUGUAGAACACUGGCCUGCUUUGCAUGGUUCCACUUUUUCAAUUGUUCCUUUUUUUUUUUCUGUGGUCAGUCCAUUGUGAUGAAAUUGGAAAAGUUUUAUGUAGCCUAAAUGUUUGCUAAGUUUUUGAGAUCCACACUUAUUCAAGCUUAAGUCCUUUGACAAUGAUAAUGAUAACAUCAAGUCAUUUUGUACAUUUUCACAGCAUCUUUAGGAAUUGCUGUGGAUUGACUCUGAUUCAGGUCUGAACUUCCAGUAAUUAUAGACUAAUGAGCAAACAUGCAUAUUAACAUGCCAGUCAAAUGAAACAAAAAUGUGGAAAAGCAGAUUUCAUAUCAAUUAUGUGGACCAAAAAUAACAACAUGUAACAAACACAUGUGCCUUUUACAAUUUGUGAAUUUUUGCUCUGUCCUCAGGAUUAUAAGUAUGCGAUUAUGCAGUCAUUCAGGUGAUUUGCAUAUGAUACUUUGUUAGCUUUUCUUCUUUUUAUGUAAUGCCUUAGUGGUUGAUACAGGUGGAAAUAUUUUCUGAACAAAGUCAUAAUAGGGAUUACGAGAAUGUUGAUCAAUAUGUUGUUAAGACUAGAAUAAAAUGAAUUUCUUUGCUAUUACAAAUUAUAAUUAACUUGGGGCACAUACAAGGUUUAUUCUGGGUUGAUAUUUAUUCAGAGUUGAUUGUAUUUUAUUAACGUUGAUAACGUUUAUCUAUCUGUUGAUUUUUAUUGUGAUUUAAUCUUCAAGUAUUUGGUCCAGAAAGACCAAAGUGGAUGUCUACACUGUUUAUUUUAUCAAAUUAAAAUUAAAUCCAUGACUCUGCAAAGGCAAAAAUAAAGUUUCUAGUCAGGUAAUUUUAUGUUAUCACUAAUAUUGGGACAAUAUUACAACCCUGUGAUAUUUAGGAGGUGUAGAUGAUGAUUAGCUUUGGUUCUUCUGUGUUUUCUAUGUACAGAAUUCAAAGCCAUUACAGAUCCAGUAAUAUGCCUGGAUGUACAUGUAUUAUGAGAUUUUUAUAUUCACAAAUCAAAUUUUUGCACCAAACAUUUUUACAUAAAAUUGUAUUAAACCUAUAGUUUAAGCUAUAGUGCGAACACCCCAACAUCCUACACACUAGUUCCAAGACAAUUCAGAAUAAAAGAGACUGAAAUAAUUGAUAAGGGUAUCACAAGGUUUCUUUCUCACAUGUAUCUCAUAUUAAGAAAAUUUGAAUGCGUAUGAUUAUCAUUGGUUGCACUGUAAUUUGAUGCCUCUUCUACUGUUUGUAGUACUGCUGCCAGUACAGUGAAAGAAAAUACACUAGGUUCAGUCCUUUCUACAGAA